AUGUCCAGGUACAACGGAAAUACCCAGUACCCACCUCAACAGAGCCCUACCUCACCCCAGCAGGCUUACUAUGCAGGCCCACCUCAGCGCUCUCCCACCAACCAUAGCCAGCGCUCGCCCCCAUCGCCUCAUAUGGGUGGCCCCGGCGGUUACAACCAUAGCGUUGGACAUGUUGGUUACGAUAUGAUCGAUGAAAGUGACAAUGCUGGAUUGUUGAACAAUCAAGGUAGAGCCGGUGGACGCCCUCCUCCUCCAGGCCAAAAUGGAGGCCUAUUGCCUAGAUUCGAUUCCAAACUCGACAGAAGCACGACCAUGAACCGCAGGUCGGUUUGCCACGUACCUUUGACGGAUGGUAACUUGGUCAUGGACUGCCCUGUCCCUCGACAACUCCUCCAGAACGCCCAUUUUAAGGGCGAGCGCGAAUUCGAAUACAUGCGCUACACAGCCGCGACUUGCGACCCCAACGACUUUUUCAAGGAGCGCUAUACCCUUCGUCCUACCAUCUACCGUCGCCAGACCGAGCUCUUUAUCGUCAUGACCAUGUACAAUGAGGACGAUGAGCUCUUCAUCAAGACCAUGGGCUCGGUCAUGAAGAACAUUGCUCAUCUCUGCACGCGCGCAAAGUCCAAGACCUGGGGCAAGGAUGGCUGGAAGAAGGUCGUUGUCUGUGUCGUUGCUGAUGGCCGCACGAAGUGCCACCCUCGAGUGCUCAAGGUCCUGUCAGCCAUGGGUGCCUACCAGGAAGGUAUCGCCAAGGACUCGGUUGGGGGCAAGCCUGUCACUGCUCACAUCUACGAGUAUACGACCCAGGUUAUGGUCGAUGAGGAACUCAAGGUCCGUAGUGCCGACCGAGGCAUUGUCCCUGUCCAGAUUUUGUUCUGUCUCAAGGAGCAGAACAAGAAGAAGCUGAACUCGCAUCGCUGGUUCUUUAACGCCUUUGCGCCCCAGCUGAACCCGAAUGUCUGUGUUCUCCUGGAUGUUGGAACCAAGCCCUCAGGAACGAGUAUCUACCAUCUCUGGAAGGCCUUUGAUCGCAACUCAUCGGUCGGAGGUGCUUGUGGUGAGAUUUGCGCGGACCUGGGACCCAACUGCGCCAACUUGUUGAACCCUCUGGUUGCAUCGCAGAACUUUGAGUACAAGAUGUCCAACAUUCUCGACAAGCCCCUCGAGUCAGUCUUUGGGUACAUUUCAGUCUUGCCAGGAGCCUUCUCGGCCUACCGCUACAAAGCUCUCAAGGACUCCUCGCCCGGUGUUGGACCGCUCUCAUCGUACUUUAAGGGAGAGACCAUGCACACGUCCGGAGACGCCGGUAUCUUCGAGUCAAACAUGUACCUGGCCGAGGAUCGUAUCCUGUGCUUUGAGCUGGUGGCCAAGAAGAAUGAGGCAUGGCUGCUGAAGUACGUGAAGUCCGCCAAGGCCGCGACAGAUGUGCCCGACAAUAUUGGAGAGUUCAUCUCACAGCGCCGUCGCUGGCUGAAUGGUUCCUUCUUUGCUGCCUUCUACUCGCUCGCACACUUUACGCGCAUUCUCACCUCGGGCCAGAACUUCCUCCGCAAGAUCUUUUUGAUGAUCGAGUUCGUGUAUAACGCCGUCAACUUGAUCUUCAACUGGUUCUCCCUCGCCAACUUUUACCUGACCUUUUAUUUCUUGACAAAGGCUGCCGCCAACAAUUCGAAUACCAAUUUCUCGCCUUUUGGACACUGGGGAACUAUUACGUUCGAGGUCAUGCGCGAGGUUUACUUAGCAGCCAUCAUCAUCGUAUUCAUCUGCUCGCUCGGAAACCGACCUCAGGGCUCCCGCUUUAUCUUUUUGCUCAUCAUCUUCCUAUUUGCGGUCAUCAUGGGUUUCAUGCUCUACCUUGCUGCUGCAACCGUCUACGCGGUCGUCUCACCAGUCUGGGGCAACUACCACCAGAUGAUCGAGUUGAUGAAGACCCAGGGACCCUUCCGCGACACCGUCAUCUCCCUGCUUUCGACCUAUGGACUGUACAUUAUCUCAUCGCUGAUGCAUUUUGAGCCCUGGCAUAUGAUCACGUCCUUCAUAUCCUACCUCUUCCUCCUGCCUGCGUAUAUCAAUAUCCUGAUGGUCUAUGCCUUCUGCAACACGCACGACGUCUCGUGGGGAACCAAGGGUGACAACAAGGCGCCCGAGCUCGGAGGAGCGACCAAGGUGACCAAGGACGGCCAAGAGGUCAUCAAGCUGGAGAAACCGACCAGCCGCGACGAUAUCGAUGCUAUUUACCAGCUCAAUAUGCAAGAACUCUCGGUCCGACCCGAGCACGUGAAGGAGAAGCGGGAUAAGAAGACGAAGCAAGAGGAUUACUACAAGAUGUUCAGGACAAGAUUGGUAUUGACGUGGAUGUUCACGAACGCGGCGCUGAUUAUUGCGAUGACGAGUAGUUUCUCGAUCAGCAAGGACAAUGCGACAGCGGCAGCUCCGACAAAGGAUGAUAUGUUCAACCCGUAUCUGUCGAUGAUCUUCUGGAGCGUGGCGGCGUUGAGCGCGGUCAGGUUCGUGGGAUCGACAUUGUACCUGAUCCUCAGGGCGCUCUUUGGUUAA